CGCCGAGCGCGAGCACGGUUUGGCGGUUCGCCCAGUUCGCCACCAGGGGGUCGAGUUCCAGUGGCAGGGAGCGGCCGCCGCCAUGAGCCAAAAGAGCCCGCCGCGGCCGCCGGAUCCUCGCGAGGACGGGUACGACUACCGGCUCGACGUGUCCACCGGAGAGAAGAAGGAUGACCACUUCUGGGGCGAGGAGAUCGUCAAACCGAGCCGGAAACUAUCUUUCGAGCGCGACAUCCGGGUGCAGGAGUUCAAGGAAGAGCGCAGCCCGAGCGAAGUACGCAAGCUGAUGCGCUCGCCCGAUACGAAGGCGCGCGCCGCCGAACCAUCGCUCGACACCAGUGGUUCGAUAUCAACGAAGAGUCGGAGAAGCCACCACAGAAAGAGGAAGAAGCGAAAGUCCAGAAGGAAGAAGAAAAAGAAGAAGAAGAAGAAGAAGAAGCGCAGCAGAGAUGACAGCAGCACAACGGCAACAACCGGGGAGACGACAGAGUCCAGAGAGGGUCAGUCCUUCGGCGCUUCGCUGUCACAAUUACUGCCCUCAGGCGUAGCCAACUUCUUCACAGCGGAUCCGGCAGCGAGCCCGCCUAUGAACGAGAGAGCCAUGGAUGCAGCUGCCAUCGGCGAACCUGCGGGUGUCAUGCAGCCGACAGAUGUGACCGCCGCAGAGACGUUGCCACCAAAGAGGAAGCGGAAAAAGCACCGCCGGUCCUCACGCGAAGUGGACGCGGCCGCUUCCUGGACGCCGGCCAGCGGCGGUGAAGCGAUGGCGACGGGCUCUCCCAACUUGUCCGCCCAGCAGUGGGUAUCUGACACAGCAGACCGGCAAGGAGACCACAGACGGCAGCGGUACCCUGCACAAGCAGCGUACGACCAACAAGCACAUGACACUGCUGCCUACACAGCCGCUCUGCAGCAGUACCAGCACACGCAGAACCUGCAACGGUUGGAAGCCGAACAUUUGAAUCGCCUUUACCAACAAGUGCAGCAAGUGCGCAGUCAAAUUGAUGCGGCUAGACAGCAAGCUCAAGGUACUCACGCUACACCUGCGCAAUUCAACGCUGGUGACUUAGGGAAAAGACGGGAUGCUCGCGAGAGGUGUCGCGAUAUGGAGAAAGCGUACGAAAUGGAGCAAGCUGCGCAGCUACGAAAGAUUGAAAAAGCUGCUAAUGACCAGAAAGCGCAAGAGGCUCGCGAAAGGUGUCGUGAGAUGGAGAAAGCGUACGAAAUGGAGCAAGCAGCGCCGCUAAGAAAGAUGAAAGAAGUUGAUAACCAGAAAGCACGAGAGGCUUGCGAGAGGUGUCACGAACUGGAAAAAGCGUACGAAAUGGAGCAAGCUGCGCAGGUACGAAAGAUUGAAAAAGCUGCUAAUGACCAGAAAGCGCAAGAGGCUCGCGAAAGGUGUCGUGAGAUGGAGAAAGCGUACGAAAUGGAGCAAGCAGCGCCGCUAAGAAAGAUGAAAGAAGUUGAUAACCAGAAAGCACGAGAGGCUCGCGAGAGGUGUCACGAUAUGGAGAAAGCGUACGAAAUGGAGCAAGCUGCGCAGCUACGAAAGAUUGAAGAAGGUGCUAAUGACCAGAAGGCGCAAGAGGCUUGCAAAAGGUGUCGUGAGAUGGAGAAAGCGUACGAAAUGGAGCAAGCAGCGCCGCUAAGAAAGAUGAAAGAAGUUGAUAACCAGAAAGCACGAGAGGCUCGCGAGAGGUGUCACGAUAUGGAGAAAGCGUACGAAAUGGAGCAAGCUGCGCUGCUACGAAAGAUGAAAGAAGUUGAUAACCAGAAAGCACGGGAGGCUCGCGAGAGGUGUCACGAACUGGAAAAAGCGUACGAAAUGGAGCAAGCUGCGAAGCUACGAAAGAUUGAAGAAGCUGAUGGCCAGAAAGCGCAAGAGGCCCGCGAUAGGUGUCACGAGAUAGAAAGAGCGUACGAAAUGGAGCAAGCUGCACAGCUAAGAAAAUUGAAAGAAGUUGACGACCAGAAAGCACAAGAGGCUCGCGAGAGGUGUCACGAAGUGGAAAAAGCGUACGAAAUGGAGCAAGCUGCGCAGCUACGAAAGAUUGAAGAAGCUGCUGAUGACCAGAAAGCGCAAGAGGCUCGCGAGAGGUGUCGUGACAUGGAGAAAGCGUACGAAAUGGAGCAAGCUGCGCAGCUAAGAAAAAUUCGGGAAGAACAAAAAGAAGAGCGGCAAAGAAAACGAGAGGCCCGCGCAAGAUGUCACGAAAUGGAGAAGGCAUACGAACUGGAACAAGCAGCACAGUUGAAGAUGCUACGGGAACAAAGGCAAGCCGCAGGUAAUCUCCAACGAGAGGAAUAUUUGGAACGCGAAAGGUACCAAAGAGCCCAGCAAAUAGAGGGCGCAUGCGGACAAGAGCAACAUAGAACGCUAGAAAUAUUGCGGAAGAAGCAUCAAGACGAGGCAAUUCAGCAGCAAUACCAAAAGGAACAAGAAGCCGAGCGUCACAAAUAUCAAAGACCGCAGCAGAUGGAGAAGGCGUACGAAAAGGAACAGAAAGCCCAUUUGUGGCGAACGACGCAGCAGAAAGAACCGGCACGGCUACUUAGUCAAAAAGAAGAAGAGGAGGAACGCCAGAGGUACCAAAGAGCGCAGCAGAUGGAGAAGGCGUACGAAAAGGAACAAAAAGCUCAUUUGCCGAAAAUGGUGCAGCAGCAACAGCCCGUACAGCCACUUAAUCAAAAAGAAGAGGAGGAGCGACAGAGGUACCCAAGAGCGCAGCAGAUGGAAAAGGCGUAUGAAAAUGAACAGAAGGUCCAUUUGUGGAGAAUGACGCAGCAGCCAGCGCAACCAGCACAACCACAAGAGGUGGAGCUCCGCAGGCACCAAAGAGGGGAACAAUUAAAUAAGGGGGAAGAACAGAAGGCUCAGAUGGGUCCAGUGGCACAGAAAAAUCGGGCAACACAACAGCCGUACCAACAAGAACCACAAGCAGAACACCUACGCUACGAGACCGCUGUACAGCUUCAGAAAGAAGAAAGAGCUAGAUCUGAUCAACUUUCACAGGACUCAUUCGGACAUCAGAAAGACCAACAAAGGCAGGACUGUCACAAGGGCUUGGAAACAGUGCAGCAACACGCGGCAAGAAAGGAGGUGGUACAACAAUUGCAACAAUUAGAGAAAAUGUAUGAAGCAAGGCAUGAGCAGUCAGCGAGGAUGCCUGAAUUAGUUUUAAAAGGUCAACAGAAAGUAGAGGCGCUCGAGGUUGAGCGCAAACCAACAAUGACAUUGUUUACCCCUCCCGGAUUCGGACCUGUCGGUUCGCAUCUCAGGAUAAAAACAAAGAUAAAUAUAGACAUGGCGCCGCUGAGCCCGGAAAACGUGGAAUCUAUUGAAGAAACAGUUAUUCUUGAAGACUACCUCGGUGGAAACGAGGAUGGCACAUUCGGCCAAGAGAGCUUCCAAGGACAUCAGAGGGGACUCACGACAGCUCCACCCGUCGUCACCAUCGUAGAAAAGCCUACCAUUCAUGCAGUUACGGAAGAAGCCGCGGUAUCCAACGUCACAGUGAUCAUCAAUCCAGCACCGUCAAACAUUACUCAAGUAAUCGAGCAACCUUCAAUAGAACAGCCGAAAAGCGAAGUCUUGCAUCUCCUUGCGACUGCGCUCGGUAUCGAUGCUGACGACUCCCACCAGGACGACAUCACGGGACAGGAGGCGUCGUCGACGAACACUCUGUCGUUUGGCGAAGUGGACACCAUGUACGAGGACACGUCCAGCACACCCGCGCCAUCUAAGUACACCGAAUCACCAGGGCCCCAAACAGUAGUUGGAAUAGUCCAGGACUGUUUCCAAGUCAUGGAUGAGGUAAUUAAAACCGAAGUAUCCUCGACACAGCUUAGGUACAGCGAGGUACAAGGAGCUGAAACUGUAGUGAGAAUGGUCCACGACUGUUUUCAAGUAAUGGACGAUGUAGUUCAAAGCGAGCCGUGCACGUCCCCUAUGAUAAAUGUAAUGCGUAAUAUAUCGGCCUCAUCCAGGCUCUCUACAGCCGAGACAAACUCGAGAUCGUCUGCAAAUUCUGCCAGUCACAGAUUGGUAGGCGAGAACAAAAAGUCUCGAAGCGCCAGGAGGCCCUUGGGCUCUCGAAAGGCCACAUCCGCCGGUUCUGUGCGUUCAGGGAAGUGUCGAAUGUCAAAUUUCGAUUCCUCAGAAGCAUGGGUAAAGAGGGGCUCGCACCUGUCCGAAGACUCUGACUCACGGCGCCUUCCUUCAUUUCCAGGCCUCAACGCAAGAGUUGAGGUAGCUGUCAACAGGCCUGAUGUGGUUGGCUUAGUCAACAGGCCGGACAUCGUUCGCCUGCGUUCUACCUGCCUCUUACUAGAGUCAGUAACGGGACUUGUUCAAGACACUGUGAACAAAGAUUUCGCCAGUGCGAAAGCAAACAUUCUAAGUGCAGGCGACCCGCUCAGGACAACUGUUGCGGCGUAUGUUGUGGAAGAUGACGACGCAAAGAAAAAGAAAAGGCGUAAAAAAAAGAAGAAACGCUCAAAAAAGAAAAAGAAGAAAAAGAAAAAGAAAAAGUCAAAAAAGAAGAAGAAGAAGAAAAGGAAGAAAAAGUCGAAGAAAAAGAAGAAAAAGAAGAAAAAGAAGAAGUCCAAGAAGAAGAAGAGAAAGAAGAAAAAGAGUGACGAGAGCAGUCCCACAUCAUCACCAUCGUCAUCUAGUCCAUCGUCCUCAAUUGAAAAAGUGGGCGACGGAAAGACUCCGUCUCCUACAACCUCCAAAGCUACAACAGGCAUUACAAAACCCAUGGCUACAGUUAGUGUGUCUUCAAGAAGUUACAAAUCUACACAGACAGACGACCUGUUGAGAGGUUCAAGACAACGCAUACAGCGAGGGGCUUACCUUCCACCCGCAGGCGAAGGGCGGCGACGCCGUAGACACCGAAUCAGGACACACUCCGACACAUCGGACAGCAGCAGCGUCUCGCAGAGGUACCGUAUUGUCACCCACGUGGUUCUCGGCGAUGGCAGCUCGGCAGCCCGGCUAAGCGGCAGCGGUUCAGAAGGGGUCUACCAGCUGCCGAAGCCACGGAGCAAGUCGAAGUCCAGGCAGCGGAUCGACACACGUGGCAGGGUUCAGCGCACGUCUUCCCAGUGUUCCAACUGCGGCGGUACCACCACUCCACCCAUGCUGGUCGAGCGGCCCAUCAUCAUCGAGGCGCCGACCAUUCCAUCGCCGCCGUAUCCUAAGCGAGACGGGAGACUGGAUGACGAUGAUCGGUACGACCGACGACAGCGACGGAGACGCCAUCACCGCUCCUCGGGCUCCCGCUCGUCGGAUAGAACAUCGAGCGAGUCGCGCCAUCGCCGCCGCCACCGCCGCCGACGUCGCCGAUCGCACGAAAGGCGACCACGACGCUACUACGUCGAUGACCCCGAGAUCCCAGGUCGGCCCGGUCGUCCCAUGUACGCAAGCCCUCCAUCCUACUACUAUGGUGACCCCAUGGGUGUACCGGCUCCCUACAUGCGGCGUCGGGCGCGGUCCUUCGAGCGUGUCCCGCCGCGUUUCCCACGCUACGUGGCAGGCUACGGGCCGCCGGUUAUGCCCGACAUGCCGCCCGUGCCAUUCGAGUCGAGUGGUGAAGCAAUUCCGCCUGUGUCCAUGAUGAUCACGACCAACAUGAUGCAGCCGUCACCAGUGGCGACACCAUCACCGCUUCCUUCGCGACCGCUUCCCCUGCCAGCGCUACCUCCCCCGCUAAUACCUCAAGCGAUGCCCAGUCCGGCAAUGUUAUCAGCACCGAUGGGGCAGCCUUCGUUCACAUUUCCUCAGGGCGUACCGCCAUCAGAACCUCCCCUGCCUACCAAGAAGCGCUCACUCACGGUAGAGGUCCAGACGCCACCCGCUAGUCCUCCAGUGCCUACCUCGUAUACGGCUUCAGCACCCUUGCUCACCUACCAGAACAACCGGUAUGGCACCAACUCAAGCAGCAGCGACAGCUGGAAGCACGGAUACGCAGCUAGCCAGCAGCCGACAAGCUUUUCUUCGACCAUUACGACGUCUUCGUUUAGCGGAGCAGCACCGCAGGCGUAUGGCGGCAAGGCUGCUGAGAACCCUUGGAUGGCACCGUAUAAUUACAUGCGGCGCAACUUCGACCAAGGCAACUUUGUGCUCAGCAUAAUUUUCCUUUUGGGUAUAGCAGCCUGUGUGAUAGCACUUAUUGGGCAGUAUGGCCGCUACCGGGAAAGUCGCGACACGAUAGAGGAAGAGGAGGAAGGCGCCGUGAUGCAUGGCCCGUGGCUCUUCAACCUGUCAGGCGUCGCCUCGACGUUGCUCGUGCGCGGAUACAAGUUUUGCCACGCGCCCGAUUGCAAACGUGAAGCCGACAGGUUGGCUAGUGUGCUCGCCUCCGGUCCUUGUGAUAGCUUCUACGACUACGUUUGCUCGCGCCGCUGGGCGUCGAAGCGUAGGCCGGCGGAUGCUAUGACCGCGGACGACGGUGUUGUGCAGGACAUCCAGGACAGCGUAUGGAGAAACAUCAAGAAUGACAGGAAGCAGUCGCUCGCAGCAGUCAUGUGGAGGAGCUGCCUGGACGUUAGCAGUUUGGGCGCCGCUCCUUUCCUUGAGUUCUUCAAUGCAUCAGGGCUAGCGGGCUGGCCCUUCCACGAGGCGCCGUUGGACGUGGACAUGUUGCGCGUUGCUGGUCGUUUGGUCCGCCUGCUCCGCUUGGCCACGCUGCUAAGUUUGCGCGUCGAGCGCGGCUUCGGGCAGAAUGUCAUCCUUGUGCUUGGCCACGCAGCCCCACCCCUGGACCUCCGCGACUUCCGAAGCAACGCUAGUAUGACUACUUUCGUGAAGAGAGUAGAAACGACAAUGAAGUUCCUCGCGUCAGACGCCAAUGACACUACGACGAGAGCAGUUGAAGUGUUAAACUUUUGCCUACGGCUGGUCAACCUCAACGCUGCCACAAACAACAGCGCGUCCAAGCUUGGCGCGAACUUUUCAACUUUUCUUGACGUUGCAGUAGGUGACCUCAUCGAUUUGACAGGAACGAACGUGCAUAUCAACCUAGAAUCGCCCAAAUACGUAAACGAACUGAGCCAGCUGUUGAGCGCUGUAUCGCCACGCGCAGUGCUCAACUAUUUGGGCUUUUACACAGUGGACCAUAUGUGGUCUUUCUCACCCGAGGGCGCGAGAGAAGAAGUCAAAUCCGGCCGCCGCGAGCGAAGGUGUCUACAGAUGACAGAGAGGGCUGUUCCGUCUCAAGUUCUCGAAAUUGGCUUUCAGGUAUACAAAAACCGCCUCAAUUGGACGGACCUGCGCAGACGUACGAACGAGACGAAGAAGCACAUAAUAGACGGCGUCCGGUCCUUGUCCUGGAUGGACCACGCUAUGAAGGUCAAGGUCAUCGAGAGAAUCGAUGCAACAAGCGUCGAGUUGUUCUUCCCGCCGCACAUGCCGAAGACGAGCCCGGUGGCCGCACCCCCGCCACAGCUGAGUGCGUUCGAACUGUACCAGCGUGCUGUCGAAGAGAGCUUUGCCGCGUCUGUCCAUAGCGGCACGACGGCUGGCGAGAGCCUGUUCUCGCGCCACUCUGAGCUUGGCUCCCAUGGUGUGCUGCGUGUUCCUCUUGCGGCGGCGGCGAUGGCAAGCACUGGCCCGUCACCGUCACCGUACGUGGCCCUGCUGCGUUCCACGCGACUCAACGUGCGUUUAGCUAAGGCGCUGCUGCAGGUAGCGCUGGCCGACGAUAUCUGGACGGCGGCAGCCCGCGGUCGGUACCGGGCGUUGCAGUCGUGCUUCCUGUCCCGGUUCCCAGCGGUACGCGACCCGCUUGAAGAGGGCCGGCUAGUACCCAAGCCGGCCGCCGUGGCGCGCGACGACGUGCUCGAACACGUGGCCGUCGCGCUGGCGCACGUAGAGUUCCGGCGCGGCGUACAGCUUCUGCGCCACAACAUGAGCGACUACCGGCUGGCCGAUGCCCAGGCAUGGUCCUCCGAGCAGCUGUUCUUCGUCUCGUACGCCGAGUCGGAAUGCCAGGCGUACGACGACGAGCUGGCCUUCCGACGCUUCCUGGCGCGCAACGAGAGUCCUGCAAGGCAGCGCGUCGACAUGGCGCUGGCGCACGAUCCCACAUUCCACAGGGCGUUCCACUGCCAUCACGGUUUCCCCAUGCGGCCACGCCACAGCUGCAGCUUCUGGUGACGCAGCACCUUUGUAUGGUGCACAUGAAUAAAUGAUAUUCUGCCGCCG